CGAUGACAUUUACGUGUAGAGCGCGGCAGGUAUAUAAGGGGAGCGCUCCACUCCUCUUGGCAUUCGGUCGCUCCUACAUAUCUCCAUCAUGAGGAUUAUUGUGUGUGUACUGCUGGCAGUUGCCGGUACGAGCUCUGCACAAAUCGUCAGAGGCUCAACCAUACUCAAUCAAAGACCCGGGAAACAAACGGCCGACACUGCCCAAGUACCUGCUACCCUCGCUGCUGAUCCCAGUCCUAUUGCUUCUGCUCCUGCUGCUCCCACUGCUUCAACGCCUGCCGGAGGUAGUGCAGCUACUCAGGCUUCUAAACAACAAAAUUUAGGCAGAGGUUUCUUCGGUCCUGGCCUCAACAACCCUCUGGCGAUCCCCGUUAGCCCCUUCGUGGCACAGCACGCCCAGAAAGUGCUCAAGAUGCGCCCCGACUAUCGAGUGUUCGUUGACAUUGAUGGCACGGCGCAUUUCACUGACAUGUUCGGCCGAGAGGUUGAAGAGUUUCUUGAUCCUUUUGGCAAUGAUAUGAGCGAACUCUUGGACCUUCAGGAGCAACAGGAGCGUCUCUUCGAUGCCCAGCUAGAGCGGCAGCAACUUCUCCAAGAGACUCGCCAGAGAGAAUUUGACCGCCGUCGCCAAUUGCUAGAGUUGCAGCUGCUUCAGCAAUUCCAGACCAACCCUACAGCUUUUGACCCCUCCAUUGGAGCAAGUUUGGGCGCAGGUGGUAAUUUGGGCGCUGGUGUUGGACUUGGCACAUCUCAGACACAAUCAGGCCAUAGAUUCAGUGGGUAGUUUUCCCCCGCUCAGACCUUUUUUUUUUUUACACAUGAUCCCGCUACCUUUCAAGUACUCUCAUUUCCCUUCUAUUUGUCUAACUACCUGACCCUGCCUACCUAACACCUGAUCCCUCCUGCUUAUUACCUAUUCCUCAACCCUUCCCCUACCCUCCCCUCCCCCAAUCAUGUCAGGUGUCUUACCACCAAGUCUUGCACCAACCCUCACCACUCCCACAAGCUAUACCUGUCCUCGACACACCAAGUCUAACACCAUUAUACACGUAAAGCUAAUAAUGGUAUUCAAUGUCACUUUGAUCUUUGUAUAAAUUAUUUCAUAAUAAAUAAAUACAUAUAAAUGUACAAA